UUACAAAAAAAGUAUAUCAAUAAACAUUUGUAAAUCAUAUGUCAAAUAUGUGUAAAACCAAUCUUUCUCAAUUUGACGCGCCUUAAUUUUUCAUUCUCAAUUAAUUAUUAAAUCUAAUUUACUGAUUUUCCUCAGAAUAUCCCAGAAAUGACUCUCUUCCUCUCCCUUCGCCUAGUCGAGAAGAAACUCAUCAUCUAUAUGCUAAUUGGUUUGAAGGCGAUGCGAAUGUGAUUAUUGAUAAGAUCCUGUGGGUUGAUACUAGGGACAGUCGAAUGGGGGCUAUUUUCAUGAGGUCAUUUGGUAUUUUGAUAGUUAUCCGAGAUUUAGUGCGCGAUUUGUAGGUCAGCGUAGCAAUAUGGUAGCCCACUUGGUGGCUCGUAAGACCCUUUCUUUGUACCCAACUAUGAGUCGUUUGUUUGAUUUUCAGGUCUGGCUGAACUCCAGGAUGUAACUAUCUUUUAUUUGAAUCAACUAGCGUGGAGCCCUGACCAGUUGGCCGGAGGAGGUAAGUUAUGAAAUUUGAGAAUGUAAUGGGGUGUAUAGUUUAUUGUUGUAUAAGUUUUUUUUUUUGGAAACAUGUGAUAGUGAAUUUUAGAAAUAAAAGGCAUGAAUGAUGCAAUCAAAAAUUAGUCUUAUGAACCAAGUUCGAGUACCUAUUACUUUGUGAAACAAUAUUAUUUCUGGUAAUAUGAGCAGGUGGAGUAAGUUUAUAGAAACCGAAUUCUAGAAAACCGAAUAAAAAAUCGCCUAUCCCUCCAUUCUUCGAGAAAUGAGCAUCUCACAAUCUUUGUUAGCUUUUACUCGGCCCGUUGGCCGAUUAAUUUUCUUUAUAAAACUUUCAUCUUGUCGUCAAAGUUAUUAAUUCGAAUUAAACAAUCCAUUCAUCAACUCACGAAAAGGGCUAAAUAGUUAACCUACAAUCCAACUCGAUUAGCCUAGUUUUUCUAAUUUGAAACAUAUAUUAUGAUAUUAUUUUAUAUCUUAGUAGCUAAAAUAUAAUGUAUUUUAAAGUUAUUAAAUGGUUCAACCUCGACCAACCUGAAUCGUCCAAUUUUUAUUAUUUCAAAUAUAUAUUAUGCAAUUAUUUGAUAUCAUGCAUUAUGAUUAAAUUAUAGUGUAUUUUAUAGGGAAGCGUUUGGUAUGUGUUAGUAAAAAAAUAAACAGAAAGAUGCAUUUGGUUAUUUUUACAUUAAAGCAAUCCUAAAUAUUUUCAGCUUCCUUUUGACUUUCUAUGAUUUUGUUCCAGAAGCAGUGAUGUGCAAAUGAAGAAUUGUAGUUUUCUCUUUCUUUCACUAUUUUUUAUUUUCAACUAGAAAGUUUAAAAGUAAAGAAUAAUUGGAGUUAAUUAGCAUAGGGUCGGUCAAACAGGCUGAAUUUCAAGUUUUGGCCCGUUUUGAUCAAGUCUAAUUUAUAAUUACAUGGUUCCCUGACACUCGAUAAAAAUUUUAAUCCAAACCAGUUCGGUAGCUGAGUCUGUGUUUACCACUAUUUUCUAGAAAUACAGAAACGACGGUUCCUAUCUCAAUUCGUGUUGUUCGUUCAUGAUUUCUUUAGAUUUUAUCAUGCCAUGGCAAAACCAGAAAGAACAAUGAAUCCACUGAACCCAGAAUAGCCGGGUAGGAGGGUGGAAAUCGCAAACACAGCGGAUGGAUCUCUUGACCCAAUCUCCUUCACGCUUCCCCGACGAGAUCUGCUCGUCGAUGGGAGCGAAGCAAAGACAGAGGGGUAUGGAAAUAGCUUCCGAUCGGGCUAAGAAGUGGAGGAAUCGUCACCAAAACGGGAAGAAGCACGCACUUCAUAUGAAAUUGACCGUGAAGAACCGGAAUCGGUGUAGAAGGUCGGUACAGGCGGUGAGUUUGUUGAAAAUCACUUGUCGAUCCGCAACUGGCUUGCAGAUAAGAAGGAUAGAUGCGGCAGGGGAGUGGGCGAUCAGUCCGUCCUUAGGUAACUAGGUUGUGGAGCGAGAGCGCAAGAGCACCUAUUUCAGAAAAACUUAAAGUUGAAAGCGUGAUGAGAGCGUCAUUAUUACAUUAUAUAUAAUUAUUUUAUAUUAAUAUAAUUUACAAUUACUAUACAAAAUAUCAUUCAUUUUGUUUAUAUUAACAAUAUAUAAACAAUAAAAUAUUAAUGGAUAAAGGUUUAAUAAUAUGAAAAGGGUAUAUUUUCACAAUAUUGCAUUUAGAUUGUAUUAAUCCUUCAUUCCAUUUUUUCCAGUCAUAAAAUUUAACAAUUUGGAAUUCGAGUAAAAUCUAAAUUAAAGUCCAAGAUUAUUAGUAAAUAGUCUUUGGGCUUUCCAUCCCCAGUACUUCUACAAGUCUAUAGUUACGUUGAUGUAAAAACAGAAAAGACAAUAAUAUCCAGCAACCAGAAGCAUCGAGACGGUGGAUGAUUCUCCUCAAUUCAAAGGUGCCGGCUCUUCCUGUUCGGCGUCGACUACUGGUCGUCAUAUCUCUCCAACUCCGGAACUCCUUGUUUCCUCUAGAACGAAGUAUCUCUAUAAUCCCAGAGCUCUAUCUCACUACUCGUUAGUAGUUCUUUCAUUUUUAGCUCGACCGACCUCAAUUAAUCGGCAAUAUCCUUCAUCCAUUUAGAGCCGAUGGUUGCAGUGUUCUUGCUUCUCAUUGAGUCUACUCUUAUUUCAUCCAUUCACCCAAUUAAUGGGUCAAAGUUUCUUUUCAAACUCUACGCAAAAGGGUAGUUUUAAUCGGAUCUGCGUUCUCCCACAACAAAUCCGCGCUCCGGCCAAAAUCAAUUCUCGAAUUGUAUACGACUUGCCAGAAAUUCGCAUUUUUGCGGAUUGGAGCGUGAACGUGGGCUUGGAACCCACGAAUUGUGUAUCUUAAGUCUGGCCGAACAUAUGCUUGUGGCUGAAACCUAUUCUCUUUUUGUGGGCCGCAACAAUCACUGGCCCGUUCAAGUUUGCGCGUGUACGGUAAGUUGGCCCGUUCCAUAGAGGAAAGAGAAAAAAAUUAGCUCUACCUAUUCUACCCUUACUACAAAUGCUCUAGGAGCAGCCAAUUUGAAAUGGGGAAAGGGUUUUUUCCUUGCUGCUAUUAUAUUAUGCGUAGAUAAGAUAGAUAGAAAUUUAAAUUUAAGUAUUAAAAUACAACUAAAAUAAUUAAAAUAUGAAAAUCAAAGUAUCAAAACCAAAUAAGUACUUAUGGAAAAUACAGUGACCAACUAAUCGUCGAAAAAGUCAUAUGAUUUUAUGAUUUUAGGUUCAUGUAUGUUUUUAAUUUAAAAAGAUACAACAAAUAUACUUAGUGUGAUUGGUUAUGAUCCUUACUUUUUUUUAAAGUGACCAUGGUUCAAAUCCCAAUACAUGUUUUUUUAUGAAUAAAUAAAUAAUAAAUAAGUAAUUGUGAAGACGAAAAUUUCUUCCUACAUUCACUCUCAUUGCAGGAAAUUUGAAAUGGAGCAACAAUUUUUCUCUUUGUGCUAUUAUAUUACUAGCUUAUAUCCCGGCCCGUUGGCCGAAAUGUUCAUAUUUUAAUAUUUAUAUUUUUAUGUUAUGCUUAAGUCUAUUAAUUCGUUUAAGUUUAUUGAAAAUCAUUCAAUCGAGAUGCUACAUAAAGAAUGAAUAUAUAGGUCGAAAAUUCAGGAAAAUACCCUCCUCAUUUAAAAAUGUAAAAAAUGUAUCAUUAAUCCCAUUUUCAUAAUAAUAAUUGAGCCCCCGUUAAAAUGAUAUUGGUUAAUAGAUUGUCCAGAAAUAUAUAAUAUAAAAGCUCAUUGGAAUUCCCACACGAUCCAUAGAUAGUUUGAAACUGAAAUGAAACCUCACAAUCCCACAUAAAUGGUUCAAAGCUCUCUUCUAUGAAUAACAUGCCACUAAUAAAAAAUAAAUGGAUUU